AUGGACUCCAAAUUUUCAUUCUAUCACUUGCUUUUUAGUGUUACUCUUAUUUCAAUUUUCAUAAACUCAUCUUCCCAAGACCAUUUGAAGACUUACAUAAUCUAUACAGAAUAUAUGAAAGAUGAAAUUUCAGUCGUGCUUCAUUACAAAUAUUUGAUGCAACAAGCUUCUGAUAGCCAAGAGCCAAAAUCUGUACUACACUCUUACAAACCCAACCUUGGCGGCUUUGUAGCAAAAUUAACGAAGGCAGAAGUGGAUAGAAUGGAAGGAUUGGAUGGAGUGGUGGCUAUCUUUCCGGUUAAAAAGAGAGCUCUCCUUACAACAAUAUCCUGGGAUUUUAUUGGUCUUCCAAUGAAAGUGAAAAGAAAGUCUUAUGAAUCCGACGUGAUCAUUGGAAUAAUAGAUUCUGGAAUUUGGCCAAAAUCUGAGAGUUUUAAUGAUAAAGGCUUUGGUCCACCACCAAGCAAAUGGAAGGGAGUUUGUCAAAGCAUUAAUUUCACAUGCAACAACAAGUUAAUUGGGGCUAGAUAUUAUGGUGAUAUCGACGAUAAAUUUAUGAACUCUCCCAUAGACUUUUACGGUCAUAGCAUCAACCGCUGCUGA